AUGGGUUACUUAGAAUCCAUUCUUAGCUCAGACACGGACGCAACGAUGGAAAGUGCUGACAUCGGUAGUGGAAGAGCUAGCUGGUCCCGAGGGCCAUUGCUCGGUAGAGGCUCGUUCGGACGAGUGAACAUCGGAUUCGACAGCGCCAGCGGAGAGCUAAUAGCAGUCAAAUCCGUUCGUGUUACCAGCGACAAUUCUCACGAGCUCCACGCGUUGGAGAACGAAUACGAGAUUCUGCAGCGGCUUGAUUCCCCUUAUGUCAUCAAAUGCUUUGGAGCUGAUUGGUCCAUGGAGGACGGUGUUCCCACGAGAAACCUCCUCUUAGCGCUGGCAUCCGGGGGCAAUCUCGCAGAGUUGGCUUCUUCGACGGACUCCGGAAGCGGCUUAUGCGAAGCUGAUGUUGCUCGUCACGUCAGGGGUGUCGUCGAGGGUUUGAGCUACAUCCACCAGGAAGGCGUGGUUCACUGCGACCUGAAAGCCUGCAACGUCGUUCUGGGUGAAUCCUGCGUGGUCCUCGUCGACUUCGGCCUCUCUCUACAAAAACGAGAAGCAACUGACUGUCAGGAAGCUGAUAGCAGUCAUGAGAUGAAUCGGACAGAAAAGCUUCGAGGGACGCCGUGCUGGAUGGCUCCUGAAGUCGUAUUAGGAGGAGAGAUUGGCCCGGCGUGUGAUGUGUGGUCGCUCGGAUGCACGGUGAUAGAGCUACUCACUGGAAAGCCGCCAUGGUCCUCUCAAUGCGCCGACCCAAUGUCCGUGCUGUACAAGCUUGGGUGCACCAGCGAGCUCCCCGAGAUUCCGGAAGAUGUGUCUCCAUUUUGUUACGAUUUCAUCAGUAAAUGCCUCUGCCGGGACCCGCAGCGGAGACCAACAUCAGCUGAGCUUCUUACGCAUCCUUUUCUUCGUCUUCAGGAUAAAGUCCGUAAAUUGCACAGGUCCCAAUCCCAGCUCGCGUCAUUUCCACCGGUCACAGAAGCCACCAGUGAAGGCAGUCUACACGUGAUCAUGCCAUCGUCACCCAUGGCGGUCGAUCCUGAAGAAGACCUGAAUCUGAACCUCACGUGCUGCAAAAUGGUGGACGACCUGUGCGCUCUCUUCCCGCCAACUCCCUCUCCCCGCCUCGUCUCUCCCCUCCACGUGGUUGCACAGGAGUGGGGUUCUCACAGUCAGCCAUCCCAUCGUCCGACGCCGACCAUCACAGCGCAUACACCUUUUGCCUCCAAGGACGAGAGAUUACGAAGCAACUGCUGUCCCCGAAAGCCAUUCAUCAGCGUUACUGCACAGGACGGUUCCCCACUGGACAGACAUACCAGCUCGGUUGGAGCUAGGAGCAAUGGAUGGGGUGCUCCUUCUCCUGCUUCAGAACAUGGCAGCGCCCAACCAGAAUUUUCCCCACCGGAGUUGGAUCCGAUUUCACCUGAUGUACAGGAAGCAUGCACUUGGCAAGCUUGGGAUGGGGAACGGCUGCAGAAGUUUAUUGACUGCUGA